AUUUAGCUCGACAGUUGAGUAAGGGCGCAGAUUAUUAUUUCUUCUAAUCGCUCGGUUUAAUAUAUUCAACGUGGGGCGAAGGAGAUAUCCUGAUUAUUUAUUCAUCACUGUGAUUCGAACCUUGGACCUCCCACUCCUGUGAUUGAUCCUAAUUCUUCUGAUCUUUUUCUUUUCUCUUUCUUGUUUGGUUGCUGCUGUGGUGAGGUGAAACCCUUGCGAGAGUGGCAAGGGUUUUGAGAAGAAGUGAAUAGUAUGCAGCAGCAGAGGGCGCAGCAGUGUCGACGGGGCAAGGUUCGAUUCAGGGUCGCGCAGAUCUUGGUUCGCUUAAUUUGGAUCAGCGGCAUCUUCACGGUCGCUUUGGGGGCCCUGCUUUCCACUCAUAUCUUUCCAAGCCUGAACUCGGUCUUUUGCUCGCGCCCGUCUUUGGCCGACCUACACAAACUGCAUCGCAAGGGUGAAUUUGGAGUGCAGAGUAGUACCAAAUUAAGUUGGACAAGGGAAUUGACUCCUCCACAUUUAUCUAGACGUUCACAAUCUUCUGAAAAGUUGGAUGGCGUGGAGACAUUGGCGGGAUAUGGGAAAUUAUGGAAGCAUCCACCAAGGCGAAAUUUUGAGCCAUGUGUAGAACCAAGUGAAUCGUAUAAAGCUCCCGAGGAAUCUCAAGGGUAUUUACUGGUACACACUAAUGGAGGAUUGAACCAGAUGCGAGCUGGUAUUUGUGACAUGGUAGCAGUGGCGCGAAUUAUUAAUGCCACACUAGUGAUUCCAGAGCUAGACAAACAAUCAUUCUGGCAAGAUUCGAGCAAUUUUUCUGAUGUUUUUGAUGAAGAGAACUUUAUAAAUACUCUGGCGAAUGACGUCAGAAUUGUAAGAAAACUUCCAAAGGAGCUUGCAUCAGUUACCAAAGCAGUAAAACACUUUCGAAGCUGGUCUGGUGUUGAAUAUUAUCAGGAGGAAAUAGCUCCUUUGUGGCAGGAAUUUAGCGUGAUUCGUGCAGCAAAAUCAGAUUCUCGUCUUGCAAAUAAUAACUUACCCCCAGACAUCCAGAAGUUGCGUUGCCGAGUCCACUAUGAUGCUCUCCGAUUUGCCCCACCCAUAGAAGCAAUGGGACAAUUAUUGGUAAAAAGGAUGAGAUCUUAUGGUCCAUACAUUGCCUUGCAUUUACGCUAUGAGAAAGAUAUGCUGGCUUUCAGUGGCUGUACUCAUGGUCUCACAGCUGCUGAUGCUGAUGAAUUAACAGCUAUCAGGGAGAACACCCCAUAUUGGAAGGUCAAGGAGAUAAAUUCCACAGAACAAAGAGCUAAGGGCCUGUGUCCAUUAACACCAAAGGAGGUUGGCAUUUUCCUCCGGGCCCUUGGCUACCCACCAAGCACACCAAUCUACAUAGCUGCAGGAGAGAUCUAUGGUGGUGAUGCUUGCAUGGCUGAGCUUGAAUCUCAAUUUCCAAAUUUGAUUAAAAAGGAAACAUUAGCAUCUAAACAAGAGUUGACACCUUUUGUAUCACAUGCAACCCAAAUGGCUGCUUUGGAUUAUAUUGUCUCAGUAGAAAGUGAUGUUUUUGUUCCUACAUACUCUGGCAACAUGGCACGUGCUGUUGAGGGUCACCGCAGGUAUUUGGGACAUCGCAAAACAAUUCUUCCCGACAGGAAAGCACUUGUAUAUCUAUUUAACAAGAUAGAUCGGGGAAAACUAUCAGAAGGAAAGCUCUCUACAAUAAUUACAGAAAUCCAUAGGAAACGACAAGGAUCACCGAGAAAGAGAAAAGGGCCUAUUUCUGGAACUAGAGGCAAGGAGAGGUUCCGCACAGAAGAGGCAUUCUAUACAAAUCCUCUGCCUGAAUGUCUCUGUCAAAAAGAGUCUACUCAAGAUAUCACAGAAUCAGUCUUUACGGUCACAAAUAUAACUUCUGGAAAGAGGUUACAGGAUUGGAAUACAGAAAACACAUUUAAUCAAACCUCUUUGAAUUCAACAGGAGUUUCAGGCGACGUAAAUAUUGUGACAAGAGAGCCAACAAUUCUACUAUAGUUCGUACCUGACAAGGCAAAUCCAUCCGACUGGGGAACCAUGUAAUCAUAUUUUUUAUUUAUUAAUUUUUCCAGGUAAUUUAUCACCUUUGCUAAUAUAGUGUAUAGUAAUGUAUAUUUAAUAGGGCCAGUCGAUAAUAUUUUGAAAUGGGAUGAGGUGCUUAGUGUUACGCUGGCUUAGUUACAUAAACAAAAGCACAAUGAAAAAGAGGGCAAAAAUAAGCACCCCUCUUUUGUGAAGAAAUAUGCCGGCUUAGUCUAUUUUCUGUCUUAUUUAUGGAGUUGAGCCAGUUUUAUUGGUCAAUGGCAAAUUUACAAAUGCAGCGAGAAAUUGAACAUUGUAUCCAACACUUUGACUACAUAAACAGAGCUUACUUCAUAUAGUGAGCAAAAAUAAAAGUUGGUAUCAAAAAGUUCGGAAUGUAAAAGCAUCCUAGCGGCAAGUAUAAAUUUUGGCUAAGGCAUCAUAAUUUAUGAGAAUAUUAUUGAAGGUGUUGUUUUGAGAAUAAUUUCAACUUGAAUAUAUUUCCUGCCAAGAGCUUAUUUUUA